CGGCAGAAGUAAAACCCGGAUCCGGAGCUCAGUCGCCACCGUUAACUCUUUCAAAUUGGACGCGAAAAGCGCGUUCGCGGAAUAAGUGAGCGAGUUAGAAAGAGAGCGAGCUUAUAAAGAAAGCCCCAAAGUGCGGAAAGUGAUCGCUAAAUUAAAAGAAACUGUUACAUUUUAAAUUAAAAUAACCCAUAAUAUAAAAGCAAAAAAACACACUGGUAAAGAUAGAAUUUCUAAUCGAAUUUCUUGGAUAACACGACCAAAAAAUCAAAGAAAUCUUGAAAAAUAACCAUUUUAUCAAGAAAUAUCCUAACUUGUAUAGUAAACUCAUUAUAAACCCGAAUAAAAAAUAUAAAAGCGGAAUCUAAGGCUACAAGCACCUGUGCCCCAUUUCCGUAAACGUAGUCCCCGAUCGCGUAGUUGACCUUCGAGACCACCCACUACGGCCACUCCCUUGCAUGUGAGACCCGUAAACGACCCUCUCCGGUCCCUGGUCGAUCCAAUGAAAAUGGAGGAUCCCACCAUAAACGACACGUACGUGCAGGAGUUCGAUCUGCACCACCUGGAGGUGGGCGUUAAUGGAGCCCACGGUGGCUCUGGCGCCCAGGUGACCACCAUUGGUCAUGUGAAGCGUGAGGAUCACAGUCCGCCGCAACCGGUGGCCGUCAAAUGGACGACAAUCCACGGCGAGCCGACAAAUCCGGAUGAUGAGCCCGAAUCGCUGCCCCUUUCCGGACCAGAGCCCGCCGGCGCCGUGGAGGUCUCCCCCUCGCCGCACAUCAAGCUGAGGUCCUUCUCCGGCCACCACCAGUGGCACAUGGACGAGCGGCGCCUGCAACCGCUGUCGCCGCCACCGGAGCAAUAUGGUCCGCUGCCCGGACAGGCCAUACUGGUGAACACGUCCUCGGGAGCGGCGGCCGCCGGAGUUCCGGGUGGAGUACCCUCAACGCCGCCGGAAACGCCGCCCGUGGUGGGUUCACCCACGGGCAGCAGCAGCUGUCCGGCCCAAACCUAUGCCCACCACUAUGCCCGUACUCCGGGCAGUUCUGUAUCCGCAACCGCCGCUGCCGCCGCCGUCGCUGCCUCCGCCGGAGCAGCCUCUGUGAGUGCCGGCCUAAGCCACGACAUGAUGUGGCUGACCAACUCCAUACGGGCGGAGCAACAGCCGCUGGACCUGCGACCCCUGGCCUAUCCCGGAUCCCAGGAGGAGGCGGAGGAGUGGGACAGGCAGCGGGACUACGCCCUGCAGGCGGCGGCGGCUCACCACCAUCAUCACGGUCAGCCGCUGAUGCAGGCCCAGCAUCAUCCGCACGGACACGGAGGUCAUCCACAUCCCCACCCACACCCACAUCCGCAUCCGCACCAGGUGGUGCUGCAACAGGGCAAAUAUCCGCACCACCAUCACCACCAUUUCCACAACCUGGAACUGACGCCCAUCAAUAUGCACUCGAAUUCGUACGGCAGCGGUGCCACCGGAUCCCUCACGCCCACCUGUCUGCCCCAAGUGCCCAGCAAUGGGAGUGGCAGCAGCGGAGGAGGCGGCGGCGGCGGUGGCGGUGGGAGUGGCAGUGGCGGUCCUGGCAGCGUGAGCGGCGGAUCCUGCGUGAUCACACGCGCUGCACUACAGCCAUGCCGCCCACUCUCCGCCAGCUCGACCAGAUCCUCGAACAACAUGUCGCCGCGGACCUGUUCGGGUGCCUACAGCAAUGCCACGCUGGAGGAUUGCCUCAACGACGACAUGCUGACCACGCUGACGGUGCGGGAGCUGAACAAACGCCUGCACGGCUGCCCACGCGAGGAGGUGGUGCGUCUGAAGCAGAAGAGGCGCACCCUGAAGAAUCGCGGCUAUGCCCAGAACUGCCGCUCCAAGCGACUCCAUCAGCGCCACGAGCUGGAGAAGGCCAACCGGGUGCUCAACCAGGAUCUGCAUCGCCUGAAGCUGGAGUACUCGAGGGUCUGCCAGGAGCGGGACGCCCUCAUGCAGCGCCUGCAGCGGGUGGGCUCCGGAAAUGGCGGCGGAGGAGGAGGUGCUGGAGCCGCCGGCGGCGAUAGCCAGAGUUCGCCGGAGUUCUACCUAUGACGCCAACUGGCGGUGGCCAGCGGCUCCUCCGCAUCCUCAGCAUCCGCCACGCAGCAGCACCAGCAGCACCAUCAUCUCCAUCAUCGGGGUCCGCAAUGGAAUCCCCAGCAGCUGGUCAACUAAGUUAAAAGCAUUCCGGGUGUAAGGUAUUCCCCCAAAAGAGUUUGAUUCCAGAGGUUUUCCCUAGACAUAAUUUAAAGUAAAUCAAUACAAUUCCAAGAAUGAUUUUCGAAUAGUUUGUUAAAGAGCUUAGGAUCGAUCCUCUCAAAUUAAUGAUUUUCACAGAAUUUGUUAUAGGGUUUUCACAAUGAGAUAAAUACCAUUUCAUUAAAAAUAUGUGUAUGUUCAAAGUUUAAGUAUAUUCCCAAAAAAAAUUUGAUUUUUAUGUUAUACGUUCACGAUAGUUUAUAUGAAAUUUUUUGUAUAAGUUUCUUAAAGUUGUCUUUGUAUUGUUAACAAAAAAAUAGGUUUAAUUUCAAGAACUUUUAUUUUUCAUUUCAUAUUUUGAUUUUAAGAGCAAGGCAUCCCAUUAAGACCACUGUUGAUAUUUAUUCAUGCGACCUAGCUAUGUUAAAAUCAUCUUUGAAUAGUUCAUUAUAUUAAGAACACUUUAAAUUUCAUGCUACUACUAUUCAUAUGCAUUCUCUCGUUAAUUAAAAAAAUUAUUGAUAAUUUCUGCAGAACUAAACGCUUUUCAGGGAAUUUGGUUAACCCUUUUACCAAGAAAUUAUAAAAAUAUAAGGCAUUUUUUGAGGGGGUUUUCUAGCGUUCAAUUCACUUGUACUUUGCGACAAUAAAUUCCAAUUAAAUAUCAGUUUGAGAACUUCGAAAGUGAUCGAUUGAGAUUGAAAUAGAUAGGGCGAAAUGAGAGGAAGAGAGAGUGCAUAUUCGGAUGGAACUUUUGCUGAUUAUCAGUCUGACUAAGGCAAAGAUCGAUUAUAAAUAAAAUUAAUUCGAGCUCGUAUGUAUAAAGGACAAACAUUGUAUAGAUCGAAAGAAACAAAAACAAAAAAAAAUAAAUUAAAACUAGCAGCUUCUGAUUAACAAUCGCUACAUUAUUACAAUUUACGAAUUAGUAACACACGCUUAUUUGUUGAUUAGUUCUAGCCUUAGUUUCUCUACUAGUAUUAAGCGACAGCAGAAGCGAAUAAUAAUAUCAUAGAUGCGAUAGUUGUUCUUAGAGGCCGUGUUUCCGUUUCCGUUUUAGCCACGCCCCCCACUCCACCCCUUCAGUAAGCAAUAAAAUAAAUAAAAACUAAAGGUUGUAUUACGUUUAAAUACCGCAAACUUAAAGAACCACACUCGACAAUGAUGUUGUAUAAAUUGAAACUGAAACGAAACGAUGAGCAAAACUCAACUGGAGUAAACUAAACAAACAAGUCCUAUACAAUGUAAUAAGCACUGAGAACGAUAAUGGAAAAUGUAAAUACACCCACAAACCCACUUAUAAAAAGGCGAUUCUGUACAUUUUAAGAUUUUUUGAACGGAUUCAAAUUUCUGUCUGUGUGAGCCUAGAAGAAAAACACGAAUACUGAAUACAACAAAUUUAAGAUAAACUAAUAACUAAAAACAAUUGUGAGUAGUUGAUAAGUGUGCAUAAAACAAUUUAGUAAUAAAUAAAACUAAUUUAAAGCAUAAA